GACGUGUACACACACGCCACCACCGCUGCCGCCGAUCAGUGUGUGUCUCAAGGGCUAUGCCGCGACAUGAACGCCGGCGAAUCGUACAAGGUGCUCGUGCUGGGCGAUUCGAACGUUGGCAAAACAUGUCUGAUGCACAGGUUCUGCGACGAGACGUAUUACGACACGUACAUAUCGACAAUAGGAGUCGAUUACAAACAGAAGAUAAUUCAAUUGGACGAAAAACCGGUAAAGUUACAAAUAUGGGACACUGCCGGGCAAGAGCGUUUCCGAACACUGACUACGGCCUACUAUCGAGGCGCAAUGGGUAUAUUACUCGUUUAUGACGUCACGAAUUUGGAUUCAUUUGACCAUUUGACGUAUUGGUUGAAGAAUAUUCAAGAAAACGCUUCGCCGGAUGUAAUUAAAGUUUUGGCAGGUAACAAAUGUGACAACGAGACAGUAAGAGCCGUGGACAGAGCAGACGGAGAAAAAAUAGCAGAAUGCUACGAUAUGCCGUUUUUCGAAGUCUCGUGUAAGAUGGAUGUCAAUGUGGAAGAAGCAUUUCAGGCAUUGGCUAAAAUGAUUAAAGAACGUUCCAAAUAUUCGGGAGCGUUCGGGCUGAGAGAUGAAACACCGAGGGAAAAAUGUUCACCACUUUUCGAAAAAGCUUUUGCCGAAUCUACACGGAAGUGUAGUUCCUUAAUGGGAGACAAUCUAGUAGUGUCGGCGUCAACAGGUAAAACUGAACCGCUACAGGAACAGAGAAUUUGGAAAAUUAUUGUAUUGGGUGAUGUGAAUACUGGUAAGACUUCUAUUAUUGAACGAUACUGUGAUGGGAAAUUCAAGGAUAACCAUAAAAUGUGUACAAUAGGUAUAGAUUUCAAAAAGAAAAUAAUCAAUUUUGAGAACAAAACCAUCAUUUUAAACAUUUGGGACACAGCUGGAACUGAAAAAUAUCAAUCUUUAAUUCAAUUGUACUAUAGAGAUGCCAAGGGAAUAUUUAUUGUAUAUGAUAUUACAAAUAUGAAUUCGUUAUUCAAGUUGAAUACAUGGAUGGAAAAUAUAAGCGAUUUUGCUCCUUCAAAUACGGUAAAAAUUUUGAUUGGUAACAAAUGUGAUUUAGAAUCAAACAGAGAGGUAUCAAUUGAAGAAGGAAAACUGGUAGCUGAACACUAUGGAAUUCCUUUUUUUGAACUAUCUUCUAAAAACAAUACAAAUCUAGAUGAUUCGUUUUUGAAAAUGGUUUCUAUGAUUAAUGAAAUGGAACUUGAAAUUGAAAUUAAAAAGGACAUUGUGAUUUUAGAAGAUAAAUUAAUGCUUCAAGAUAUUGACAUCCAAUCAAAAACAAAGUGUAGCUGUUGAUUUAAGAUGUGAUUAUAAGAAAAAACAUGAUAACAUUUUAUAUUAAUAAAUCAAAAAUCCUAAGGAAUAUAUUAAAGGAUUUAUAGAUAUCGAAAAAUCUUGAAAAAACUACUCCUCAAGAGACUAUUAAAAAUUGCUAAUGAACAAAAUGUGUUACCAGAUUUCCAAUUUGGUUUUCGCCCAAAACACGCCAUUUUUUACCAACUACAAUGGUUGUUGAUUUAAUUGCCAUCUGUUUCAAAACGAAGAAAUACUGUUCCGCAGUAUUCCUCGACAUCGCCCAAGCAUUCGACUCGAUCUGGCAAACCGGCCUGCUAUACAAAUUAAAAAAAUCUAUCCUGCGCCAUACUAUCUCUUACUUAAGUCCUACAUCGAAAACAGAUCAUUCAAUGUUAAAAUAGAAUCCACCUUCUCCGACUUACAAUAUAUUUGCUGGCGUACCUCAAGGAAGUGACAUUGCCCCGUUUUUGUACAUCAUAUUUACAGCGGACAUUCCUACCACUGAAAACACUACUAUGGGUACAUAUGCAGAUGACACUGCCAUUGUUGCCGCUGACUGAUCCAGACAUUUGCUUCCAUCAUCUCCAAAACCAUCUCAACAUGCUUUCAAAGUUGUACAACACAUGAAAAAUCAAAGUAAACGAACUUAAAUCUACACAUAUCACCUUCACCCUCAGACCUAAGGACUGUCCUGAAGUUUCUUUUAACAAUUUAGUAAUUCCCCACUCAAGAAAUGCUAAAUACCUCGGCCAGCUAUUCAAUAGGAGACUCACUUGAGGUCCUUAUCUUAAAAACAAAAGGAAACAGCUUAAUUCCCGCCUACACCUCAUCAGACUUCUCCUAAAAUCAUAAUAAUCAUAUAUGAACCUGUUUUUCUGUUUACUCUUAUACAAAAGUCUCCUUCAACCAAUAUGGUCAUACAGAAUCGCCCUCUGGGGCACUGCCAAACCAUCAAACCUUCAAACAAUUCAAGCUUUCCAAUCGAUAUGUCUUCGCAUGGUCACCAAAGCACCUUGGUUUGUAACAAACACUGCUGUAUCAAGAUCUCAAAGUCCAAUUCGUCAACCAAACAGCAAUAACAUUCUACUCAAGACUUCACUGUAAAAUGCAAGGCCACUCAAACAAACUAAUAUCCAAUCUUCACUCAAAAUAUCUUCCCAGCAACCCUACCAGCCGACUAAACAGAAAUUGGCCCAGAGACCUUAUCUAAAAUUGUAUUAUAUUAAUUUAACUAGACUUUAGACUCAUUGAAAGGUAGCUCAACUAUGAGCUUCCCUUCACCACCCCAUCAUUGUCAUCCCUCUCACCAAUUUACUCAUUUUACAAAAUUGUAUAGAUUGUAAAUUUUUCAAUAACUGCUAUUUAAAAAAAUAUAUUUUAUGAAUGUAAAAACUUUAGAUGGUCUUGAUUGGAAGUUGGAUGAUUUUGAUUUAUAAUUAUAAUUUUAUGCCAUAUUCUUUGCAAGUAUUUUAAGAAGUGAAAAUGUAUUACAAAGAUAAAUA